AUGGAAACACAAGCAGAUCAAUGGAAAUUCUCGAACAAAAAUCAGAAAUCUACCCUUAUUAAGGACAAGAUUUCUACUACUAAUACUACUACUACUACUACUACUACUACUACUACUACUACUACUACUACUACUACUACUACUACUACUACUACUACUACUACUACUACUACUACUACUUCUACUAC